UGGUUUGCUAGCGUCGUUUUGCAUUUUUUUGCAGGCAGUUUGUGCAAAUCAAUAUCGUAAAAUCAAUGAAGUGUUGGAUAAAUCUACUCUCAAAACGACUGGAAAAUUAUGGUUGAUCACCAGACGUGAUUUGUUUGUGACAUUUUAAGUGAUUUCAAAUAGUGCUAAUCAGGAUGCACCGUCGCGGCGGGAAACGCAUCCGAAUGGAUGAUCCACCACCGGAGUACGCAAAUCCGACCACUCCUGCAACACCAGCGACGGACUAUGGCGGUCAAUCGGUGCACGAGCCUGAACCGAAUCGGUUAGGUUUCGACGGAGGAGCCGGUGAACCCGUUCGGGAGGAGGCUGAGGAGUCUCACCACGAAGAAGAGGAAGUUCGCUCGCCAUCGCCAGCGCCCACCAAGCGCAUCACUCGCAGUCGUGGGCGGGGCGCUGACGGCGGAGGCUACGUGGGUCGGCUGGCGGAGUCCCCGCCGCCCCCGCCGGUGCGCCGGCGGCCGCGCGGUGGAGGCGCCCGAGGCAGGGGCAAGGGGCGUGCGGCAGCCCCGCCUCCGGCAUAUUCACCUCCCCCGGUGCUGUUGCCUGGUGAUGAUGAAAACAGUCUGUACAACAUCCUCCGAUUUAAUAGAACUGCUAUCAACCAAGUAGUGGACAUGUGGAUCGAGGAGUACAAGACCAACCGUGAGAGCGCGCUGGUGCAGCUGAUGCAAUUCUUCAUCAACUCCUCCGGCUGCCGCGGCAAGGUCACGCCCGACAUGGCUCAGAUGGACCACACCCUCAUCAUCAAAAAGAUGACACAAGAGUUUGAUGAGGAAAGUGGAGAGUACCCGUUAAUAAUGUCUGGACAGACAUGGAAGAAGUUCCGGGCCAACUUUUGUGAAUUUAUUCAGACACUAGUGAAAAUGUGCCAGUACUCCAUAAUAUAUGACCAGUUUCUCAUGGAUAACAUCAUAUCCCUGCUCACAGGACUUUCUGAUUCACAAGUGAGAGCCUUCAGGCACACAGCCACCCUUGCAGUGAUGAAGCUGAUGACAGCUCUGGUGGACGUGGCGCUGCUGACGAGCGUGAACUGCGACAACUGCCUGCGCCAGUACGAGGCCGAGCGGCUGAAGGCGCGGGACAAGCGCGCCAGCGAGCGCCUCGAGGUGCUGGUGGCCAAGCGGCAGGAGCUGGAGGAGAACAUGGAGGAGAUCAAGAACAUGCUCUCCUACAUGUUCAAGUCCGUGUUCGUGCACAGAUACAGGGAUACACUGCCUGACAUCCGGGCGAUCACAAUGGCUGAGAUAGGCAUCUGGAUGGAGAAGUUCCCGGCGCACUUCCUCGACGAUCUCUAUCUCAAGUACAUUGGCUGGACUCUGCACGACAAGGUGGGCGAGGUGCGGCUGCGCUGCCUGCAGGCGCUGCAGCCGCUGUACGAGUGCGAGGAGCUGAAGGGCAAGCUGGAGCUGUUCACGUCCAAGUUCAAGGACCGCAUCGUGUCCAUGUCGCUCGACAAGGAGACCGACGUCGCCGUGCACGCCGUCAGGCUCGUCAUCGCCAUACUCAAAAUGCACCCGGACGUGCUGACGGACAAGGACUGCGAGAACGUGUACGAGCUGGUAUACUCCUCGUGGCGCGCCGUGGCGGCGGCGGCGGGCGAGUUCCUCAACGUGCGGCUGUUCCGCGCCGACGACGCGCCGGCCGCGCCCGUGCGCUCGCGCCGCGGCAAGCAGCGCCUGCCCAACACGCCGCUCGUGCGCGACCUCGUGCAGUUCUUCAUCGAGUCCGAGUUGCACGAGCACGGCGCGUACCUGGUGGACUCGCUGAUCGAGUCCAACCCCAUGAUGAAGGACUGGGAGUGCAUGACCGACCUGCUGCUGGAGGAGGCCGGCCCGGGCGAGGAGGCGCUCGACAACCGCCAGGAGUCGUCGCUGAUCGAGCUGAUGGUGUGCUGCGUGCGGCAGGCCAGCACCGGCGAGCCGCCCGUGGGCCGCGGCGCCUCGCGCAAGCAGCACCAGGCGCUCAGCAAGGAGCAGGCCAAGAUGGUGAGCGACGACCGCUCGAAGAUGACGGCGCACUUCAUCGCCACGCUGCCGGCGCUGCUGGACAAGUUCGGCGCCGACCCCGAGAAGCUGUCCAACCUCGUCUCCAUCCCGCAGUACUUCGACCUCGAGCUCUACACCACGCAGCGCCAGGAGGGGAACCUGACCCUUCUGCUGAACAAGAUCCGCGAGAUCGUGAGCGUGCAGACGGAAGCGGAGGUGGUGGAAGCGUGCGGGCGCACGCUCGAGUACCUGUGCAGCGAGCAGUGCGGCGUCUACACGCGCUGCAACGUGGCGCGCGCCACCAUCACCGACAUGUGCGUCAACCGCUACAAGGAGGCCAUCGACGAGUACCGCUCGCUGCUCGAGGGGGGCGAGACGCCGGACGCGGACGAGGUGUUCAACGUGGUGAACUCGCUGCGCAAGGUGUCCAUCAUGUACAUGUGCCACAACCUCAACGACACCAACAUCUGGGACUCGCUGGCCGAGGACCUGCCCAAGUGCCACACGCCCGAGCUGCUGGACCAGGCGCCGCCGCAGGCGCUGGUGUACGUGGUGCGGUCGUGCUUCUACUCGCUGCUGUGGUCGCUGCACGAGCUGGAGGAGCGGCUGGCGGCGCGCGGGCCGGCGGCGGGCGGCGCCGACGCGCUGCGCGAGCGGCUGGCGGGAUACGUGGCGCACUGCCAGGCCACCGUCGCGCGCGGCGCCACGCCCGAGCUGCGAGAGGAGGCGUACACGAGCCUGUGCGACCUGCUGAUCCUGUUCGCGGAGCAGCUGGGCGCGCACGUGGCGGGCGACGCCGCGCGCCGGCUCGUGCUGGACUGUGAUACCGCGCUGGCCGACCUGCUAAAUGCUUUCAUCCAGGAGGUCGUCUUCGUGCACCACAACUACGACGGCCAAGACGAGAGACGCAUCGAGGAGCUGCACAAGCGGCGCAACUUCCUGGCCGCCUACUGCAAGCUCAUCGUGUACAACGUGGCGCCCAUCCGCCGCGCCGCUGACGUCUUCAAGCAUUACAUCAAGUGCUACAACGACUACGGCGACAUCAUCAAGGCGACGCUGAGCAAGGCGCGCGAGAUCAACAAGCUGAACUGCGCGCUGACCAUGGAGCUGGCCAUGCAGGCGCUGUUCCGCGACAUGCUGGCCCGCCACCGCGCGCCCAACCGGCACACGCCCGAGUUCCUGGAGCUGAAGGAGCUGGCGAAGCGGUUCUCGGUGAUGUUCGGGCUGGACGCGGUGAAGAACCGCGAGGCGCUGGUGGCGCUGCACCGCGCCGGCAUCGCCUUCGCCGCCGUGGACGCGGCCGCCGCGCCGCCGCCGCACCUGCUGUUCCUCGAGCCGCUCGCCGAGUUCUCCAACCGCCUGCUGCGCCAGGACAAGCGACAGGUGCUCAAGUUCCUGGACUCGCGCAUCUCGCACGGCGUGCAGUGGGGCGAGGAGUGGGCGCCGCUCAGCACCUACCGCAACUCGCUGCUCACCGACUCGCCCGACGAGCGCCCGCCGCCCACGCGCAAGCACUACGCGCGCCGCGCCCGCGGUGAGUCAUGCCACACUACAGCUGGGCUGCACCGCUACUGUAACGUGGGGCGAGGAGUGGGCGCCGCUCAGCACCUACCGCAACUCGCUGCUCACCGACUCGCCCGACGAGCGCCCGCCGCCCACGCGCAAGCACUACGCGCGCCGCGCCCGCGGUGAGUCAUGCCACACUACAGCUGGGCUGCACCGCUACUGUAACGUGGGGCGAGGAGUGGGCGCCGCUCAGCACCUACCGCAACUCGCUGCUCACCGACUCGCCCGACGAGCGCCCGCCGCCCACGCGCAAGCACUACGCGCGCCGCGCCCGCGGUGAGUCAUGCCACACUACAGCUGGGCUGCACCGCUACUGUAACGUGGGGCGAGGAGUGGGCGCCGCUCAGCACCUACCGCAACUCGCUGCUCACCGACUCGCCCGACGAGCGCCCGCCGCCCACGCGCAAGCACUACGCGCGCCGCGCCCGCGGUGAGUCAUGCCACACUACAGCUGGGCUGCACCGCUACUGUAACGUGGGGCGAGGAGUGGGCGCCGCUCAGCACCUACCGCAACUCGCUGCUCACCGACUCGCCCGACGAGCGCCCGCCGCCCACGCGCAAGCACUACGCGCGCCGCGCCCGCGGUGAGUCAUGCCACACUACAGCUGGGCUGCACCGCUACUGUAACGUGGGGCGAGGAGUGGGCGCCGCUCAGCACCUACCGCAACUCGCUGCUCACCGACUCGCCCGACGAGCGCCCGCCGCCCACGCGCAAGCACUACGCGCGCCGCGCCCGCGGUGAGUCAUGCCACACUACAGCUGGGCUGCACCGCUACUGUAACGUGGGGCGAGGAGUGGGCGCCGCUCAGCACCUACCGCAACUCGCUGCUCACCGACUCGCCCGACGAGCGCCCGCCGCCCACGCGCAAGCACUACGCGCGCCGCGCCCGCGGUGAGUCAUGCCACACUACAGCUGGGCUGCACCGCUACUGUAACGUGGGGCGAGGAGUGGGCGCCGCUCAGCACCUACCGCAACUCGCUGCUCACCGACUCGCCCGACGAGCGCCCGCCGCCCACGCGCAAGCACUACGCGCGCCGCGCCCGCGGUGAGUCAUGCCACACUACAGCUGGGCUGCACCGCUACUGUAACGUGGGGCGAGGAGUGGGCGCCGCUCAGCACCUACCGCAACUCGCUGCUCACCGACUCGCCCGACGAGCGCCCGCCGCCCACGCGCAAGCACUACGCGCGCCGCGCCCGCGGUGAGUCAUGCCACACUACAGCUGGGCUGCACCGCUACUGUAACGUGGGGCGAGGAGUGGGCGCCGCUCAGCACCUACCGCAACUCGCUGCUCACCGACUCGCCCGACGAGCGCCCGCCGCCCACGCGCAAGCACUACGCGCGCCGCGCCCGCGGCGGGCCGGCGGAGGAGGAGGACGCGGAGGUGCCGGAGGCGGGGUCGGCGCCCGAGGAGGGCGAGUCGGACGGCGACGCGGGGUGAGGCCGCCGCCGCCGCCGCCGCCGCCGCCGCCGCUGGCGCUCGCUGCCCAAGCCCUACCGCGGCUAAACUCCAAACCGCUUCUCCGCACGUCCCUACAUCGUUAAAAGUUCCCCACUUUGGAAAACGUGAAGUGAGGUGAAACGGUUUCGCGGUACAUCGUUAGUGGGAGACGGAACGUGGAGUGUGGUGAAACGGUUUCGCGGCGUUUGAGUGAAUCUGACGUUAACGUGUCGGGUGACGACGGGCUGCUCCACCUGUACCCUGUAGCACAAAAACUCUCGACUUCGAGAAUCGUUUGCGUAUUCGAAUCGGUAUCAAAAGAAGUAUGAAAAUAUGUAUAAAUUGCACUGCUGUGACCGUCACAUGAAGUGAACUCAGUAUGAGAAAUGGUAGCACGAAACUAACUUUGACAAAUUAAUUUUCACGUUAUCGUUGAAUUCGAAGGUUAUCGAAUUUUGUCGAAUACGCGAACGAUUCGCAGACGUAAGUUUUUCGUGUUAGAGGUACCUGGCUUCUUAUUGUUGCGUGCGCGGUCGCGACCGGUGUUUGACUAUCACCACUGUGGAAAUGGUGCUUGUAGAUUUUUAUAGUCGAGACUCGGGUGGGUCAGCCCGAAAUGCCUGAAAAUAAAGACACGUUUUGUUAGAUCACGAACAGUGCGGAUCGCUGGCGGCGGUUGUGGUGCUUGGUGUUGCGACACUUGGACACUUAUUAUUUUUAAGCUAUAUUUGGAUAUUAUAUUCGUGUCGACUGACCACUUUAGACUUCUAGAGUAAUUAAAUGGGCCUAUUGAGCCUGUGAAAUAAACUUUGGAAUUGAUAAACAGUAGUGAAUAUACAAUCAACAGUUUUUUAUAAUGUAAUAUUUUAUGUAUGAAA